CAAAGCAGGAGAACAGACAGUGACUCUCUCUAUCUGUAUGUAAUUUGGAUGAUCAGAGCUAUCUCUUCCGUGUCUUUUUCAUUCUCCAUAACCCUUUCAAGUUUACUUGGCUCUGAUUUCUAAAGGAAGGCAUUGGAAAAGGUGGUGGGAGUUCGAAACUGAAAACAGAUUCUCUGGAAGAAAUGAGUUGUACGAAUUUGGAGUUGCAUUUGGGAAUUUUGUUCAUCUCAGUGAUGAUUUUCACUGGAACUUUAUGUGUUGGGGACACUGACCCGCUUGAUGUUGCAGCAAUCAAUAGUUUAUAUGUGGCUCUGGGUUCACCACCCCUUCAGGGUUGGAAACCCAUAGGAGGAGAUCCGUGUUUGGAACUGUGGCAAGGUGUGAGUUGUGUCUUCUCCAACAUAACUGCCUUACAACUGGGAGGCACGAAUUUGGGUGGACAGCUGGGAAGUAAUUUGGAUUUCCCAUCCAUCAUAGAAAUGGAUCUUAGCAACAACCACAUUGGAGGGACUAUUCCAUCCACUUUAUCCCCUACUCUGAGAAACUUGUCUCUGUCAGAUAACCAGUUAACUGGAGGCAUUCCAGAUGCCUUAUCCUCAUUAACUCAAUUGUCAGACUUAUCAUUAAAAAAUAACCUUCUAGAUGGACAAAUCCCAGAUACGUUUCUACAGCUCACUGGUUUGAUGAAUAUGGAUCUGUCAGGUAACAACUUGAGUGGUCAGCUGCCUCCCUCAAUAGGGAAUUUGUCAUCGCUUACUACAUUAUACUUGCAGAACAAUCAACUUUCUGGAACCCUUUUUGAUUUGCAGGACCUCCCGCUUCAGGAUCUGAAUAUAGAAAACAACAUUUUCUCAGGGCCGAUUCCUCCCAAGUUGUUGACUAUCCCUAAUUUCAGAAAAGAUGGGAAUCCUUUUAAUACUACUGUCAUUCCAUCACCUCUAGCUGCAUCUCCUUCACCUGUGGCUUUGGCUCGUUCCCCAGAAGAAUCACCUUGGAAAGUGGCAAAUAGUCCCUCUACUUCCAUGAAAGCACCAACACUAGCAGUUGCUAGGAGGUCUUUCAAAGCUAAGAGCAUAUUUUGGAUUGCUGGUGGAGGGUUUUUAAUAUUUAUUGCAUUAGGAAUUUGUCUUUUAAUGUCGUGGUGUUUUAAGAGAAGACCAGAGAACAAAAAUUAUAAGAAACACAACGUGGGUGUGGAUUCAGGACCUUUGCAUAAACAUACAUGCAGUGACUCUUCUUUUGAAGCAACUAAUGAUGAGGAGAAAGCUGAGAAAGCAUCACUUGUAUAUGGAGUACCAAAUAGAAGAACGAAUUUGAUUCGAAAUGUGCCGGAUGAACAAGAAAUACAUGUGAAAACAGUAUCUGCAACUUCAGAAUGCAAAACUGUUUAUGAAUUAAACAAUACAAGAUGGGGUUCCAAACUUCCACCCCUGCAGCCAGCACCUCCACAUCCUCUCCCAAUCAUUCCUGGGGAGAAGUUCAUCAUAAAUCCAGCUAUAUCUACCAAAGUAACUGAAAGACAAAUUAUAAUGAGUUCUGUCAAAGUUUAUACUGUUGCAACACUUCAGCAGUACACAAAUAGUUUUUGCCAAGAAAAUUAUAUUGGGGAAGGCACACUUGGCCCAGUUUAUAGGGCUGAGCUCCCUGAUGGAAAGCUACUGGCAGUUAGGAAGCUGAAUGCCACUGCUUCCAUGGGGCAAAAUCAUGAACAGUUUCUUCAAUUAGUUUCCACUAUCUCCAAAAUUCAACAUGCUAAUAUUGUACAGCUUAUGGGCUACUGUGCUGAGCAUAGCCAACGAUUACUUGUAUAUGAGUAUUGCAAUAUUGGGACCCUGCAUGAUGCAUUGCAUACAGAUGAUGAACUUCAGAUUAAACUUUCAUGGAAUGAACGGAUUCAGGUGUCACUUGCAGCUGCAAAAGCUUUAGAGUAUCUGCAUGAGCACUUUCAGCCACCUAUUGUGCACCGAAAUUUUAGAUCUGCUAAUGUUCUCCUGAAUGACAAGUUAGAAGUGAAAGUCUCUGAUUGUGGAUUAGGUUCUCUACUAUCUUCAGGCUUUGCUGGUCAGUUGUCAGGACGCUUCCUAACAGCUAAUGGUUACAGUGCUCCAGAAUUUGAGUCUGGAAUUUAUACAAAGCAAAGUGAUGUCUUUAGUUUUGGAGUUGUGCUGCUAGAACUUCUCACUGGACGAAAAUCCUAUGACAGCUCACGGCCUCUUGGAGAGCAAUUUUUGGUAAGAUGGGCAGUUCCUCAACUACAUGACAUUGAUGCAUUGUCAAAAAUGGUUGACCCUUCCUUAAAUGGAGCCUAUACUAUGAAAUCCUUGUCACGUUUUACAGAUAUUAUUUCUUCAUGUAUACAGCAUGAACCUGAAUUCCGGCCAGCAAUGUCAGAAAUUAUUCUGGAUCUCUUGCGGAUGAUGUAAAGGGUAAUGUAGAGCUAUCAAUUAGAAGAUGAACUGUAGGUUAUGACUACCAAAAUUUUCUGGAUAUUAGCAAUUCAUUCUUUUUAUUAUUUUUGGCAGUGAGGUCAAUUGUUUUGUUAUGUGUGAAGUGAGAACUAUGC